AUGUUGAGCUUACAAUCUGAAAGGAUCUCAUAUGAGUAUAAAGCAGUGGAUCUCAGGAAAGAAAAGCAAUAUACUGCUGAAUUUGACAAGUUAAAUCCUAUGCAUUUGGUUCCAGUGUUAGUGGACGGAGAUUUCGUGGUUUCAGAUUCUUAUGCAAUUUUGCUGGCUGCAAGUAUAAUCAGCUCGAGCAUACAGCCUCUUCAGAUGCUGACUGUGCUGGCCAAGUUCCCUACUUUGAGGAGGAUCCAUGAAUCGUACAAGACUUUGCCUGAAUACGAAGCAUCAUCACCGAACGUCAACCCGAUGCCAUGA